UCUCUCUUGUCUUUUACUGCCAGGAUUUCUCACUUUUUGGAUGCUGGGAGAGACAAUGCCUUUGGUCACCGGACUGGUUCCCUCACGAUUCCUGACCCUCACGGCCCAUUUGGUCAUCGUCAUCACCAUCUUCUGGUCCAGGGAAAACAAUGUCCGCGCUUCCCUGCCUCUCCAGUGCACCCAGGAGGAGUUUGAGAACCAAGACACAGAGAUGGUGGUUGCCCUGUCGGUGACGCUUGGGCUUUUUGCGGUGGAGUUGGCCGGCUUUCUCUCUGGAGUGUCCAUGUUCAACAAUGUGCAGAGCCUCCUCUCCACAGGCGCCCAUGCCUCUGCCUCCAUCACGUUGCUCUUCUUCCUCUUUGAACAGUGGGACAGUGGCCUGUACUGGUGGAUCUUUGCUUUCUGCAGCGCCUUGCCUGCCGCUGUGGAAAUACUGCUUUUCAUCUCGGUCUUGGGCUUGAAGAAGAAGCCCCUGUGAAGCCCCUGCCACCCCCGGAGGAGACGUUUGUUGGGGACGACUCCAGAUGGGCAAGAAAACCAACUGAGCAGAGCCAAGCUGCGCUGGCACCGGGAAACAGAGACUGAGCACAAUUGGGGAGAAGAGGUAGAAUGAACGAGCCACCUGUUCGAGGGCUCUGACCCUCCCUGGUACCACAUUGCCCGCUGCCACCCACAGCUCCAGCAACACAGAUCCGUCUCCUGCGCUGCGUGCUGCCUCCCCCCAGCGGUAAUCGUGGUAACAGCGCCCUGUCGCUGCACAAAGCCAUGCG